AUGGCGGCCGCUGCUGGCUCGGAGGUGAAGACGGCUUGGACCGACAGUCGACUCGGCGCCGGCCAAUUGAUGCUGAGCGGAAACGGAUGCCGGAUGGAUACAUGCAGCCCAGAUUUGUCGGCACCGAGGGCAAGUUUGCGGCGUGGGAAUCCAGAAAAGCAACGGGGCAACAACGGCAACAACGGCAACAACAACAACAAAAACCACGACGACGGCGACGUCGACGAUGAUGAAGGAGAUGGUGAUGGCGUCGAUGACGAUGACGAAGGCGACGGCGACGGCGACGGCGACAACGACGACAGCGAUAGCAACCGGGUCUCGGUCUGCCCUCUCCAACGAGGCCAGGUCGUUCUCGUUCUGCAAGUCCUGGUCGAUGGGUGGGAAAAGGGCACGGGAAUCUCCACCGGGGCGGUGAUGGAGUUAUAG